UACUGAUCAUAAAGUCAUAUAUCUCCCCCACAGGAAGAACCACAUGUUCCUCUCAAAGCCUCGCUCUUAAGAGCCCUUCUCACAUGUCACAUACACCUUGUUCUAAAAACCAUCAUUUGUUAGGCUGAAGAAACUUCGAUCCUUUCUACAAUGAGCAAACUCAAAACCCAAAGAAAACAAACCAUUACCAAACAUGUCAGCCAAAACCAAAACCAAGUGCCACAGAAAACAGAGAAACAACCUUCAUGGGUGGUAAGAGGCCUAUUGGCUUGUAGAAAUGUCCAAAUCCAACAACACCAUCAUCAGCAGAAGGAAGCAAAAUCGCCCCCAGAAGAAAAACAACAUGGCAAAAAACAAGAACAGCGAAAGCUGCAAGAGGAACGAGUCUCAGAAGAGAACAGCAAGAAGUGCAAGAAGAUGAAAUGCUCAGGCUCACUUUGUAACAACACUAAGAUCACGGAAAAGUCUGACACAGCAACCCCGGAUAUCCACAAGAAAAGGUUGUCACUAAGUGGAUGCAACAACAACAACAACGAUGCUUCCAGCAGAUCCAUGAAAGCACCUCUUAAUGAAAUCAAUGGACCCGUGUCUGCCUCCUCUUCUUCACUGUCAGCAUCUUCAACUUCUUCUGGCGGUGGCUCUUUCAGGUCAAUGCCAUUCAGGAGACUCUCCGGUUGUUAUGAGUGUAGAAUGGUGGUAGACCCGGUUCUUGGCUUCACUAGAGACCCUUCUCUUAGGAGCAGCAUUUGUUCUUGCCCUGACUGUGGUGAGAUCAUGAAAGCUGAAAGCUUGGAACAUCACCAGGCUGUCAAACAUGCAGUUUCUGAGCUGGGUCCAGAAGACACGAGCAAGAACAUAGUCGAAAUAAUAUUCCACUCGAGCUGGCUGAAGAAGCAAUCUCCAGUGUGCAAAAUAGACCGCAUCCUGAAGGUCCAUAACACUCAGAAGACCAUAAGCAAAUUCGAAGAGUACAGAGACUCCAUAAAAGCCAAAGCCACGAAACUCUCAAAGAAACACCCUCGAUGCAUAGCAGAUGGCAACGAGCUACUCAGGUUCCACUGCACCUCCUUUGCGUGCUCCCUAGGCCUAAACGGGUCCUCCAACUUGUGCCACUCGAUACCACAGUGCCACGUGUGCAGCAUAAUCAAGCAUGGGUUCAAGGUCACCGGAGGAACCGGUAUCUUGACGACGGCAACGAGUGGGAGGGCUCACGACAAGGCGUGUGUGGACGAGAGUGAGGACAAGAGGGCAAUGCUGGUUUGUCGGGUGAUAGCAGGCAGGGUGAAGAAGAAUGCAGAAGGUGGCAUGGAGGAGUAUGAUUCUGUUGCAGGGGCUGUUGGGGCCUAUUCUAAUUUGGAUGAGUUGUUUGUGUUUAAUCCACGAGCUAUAUUGCCUUGCUUUGUUGUAAUCUAUAGAGGCUUUUGAUAUGUGGUGCUGUUGCUUUUUCCAUAUAUCAGUUUAUUUGCUUUGUUAGAUCUUUCAAGUUAUGGCAUCAUCUAGUUAAUUAAUUAAUUCGUUGGUGCUUUGUGGGGGGAGUAUAGAUCGGUCUCGGAUCAUUUUUGUAUCACCCCCUCUCCAAUCCAUGUCAGACUUAAUCUAUGACUGUAUAUUACUACAGCAAUUAUUAACGCCAUAUUUUUCUUUUUGGUUGUAUAUUAACUG